UUGAAAGCCAAGGCCAGAUGGCAAAGGUGGGAGGAGGAACUGAGUUUAGUCCAACAUGAGAUGGGUUGGACAGUGAGCUGGUUUAGAUAUAAGGAGGAAGAGUGGCACAGAAGAUACAAAAAAUCUGUCAAGCCUGGGCAUCAAGCAUAUGCUCAUCAACAGAUGUGCUUGUGGGGAAAAUUUGGAUCCGAGGCUGAAAAUUCAUUCAAGGAGAAAAUGAUAGUAGUUACAUGA